AUGACGUAUGGUAUCGAUCUUAGCAUUGGUGAUGAUAGAGAGGAGAGAGAAAUUGUGUUGUACCAGUAUAUGACUCAAAGAAUGCAUAGGCUCUUCCAACCGGUGCCUCAAGAAGUAUUGACGCGACAAAUGGUAGACAUGAAACGAGAGGAUGGAGAUGCAAGGAUGAUGCAUGAAUACUUUAGACCUAACUGUACUUGGGGCCCUAAGAAGUUCCACCAACGUUUGGGUAUGUAUCAACCUCUUUUCUUACGUAUUCUAAGUGAAACAGUUGUCGCGGAUCCUGCUUUUGAUUUCCAUGUUGAUUGCACCGAAAAACUUGGCCACUCUCCCCACAUGAAGAUGUAUGCCGUAAUGAAAUGUUUGUGUAAAGGCAUAGCCGUUGAUAGCACAGAUGAUUAUGUCCGUAUGGGAGCGCCGACCGUCUAUAUUGUAUGUGAAGAGGUUUACUAG